GACUGUCAGGGGGCGGGAAGAAUUAUCCGUAGGCAACUUCCCGGCAUUCGUGCUUAUUUACAAAAAUUGUCAGGCUACUCGAUAUGUUUGGGUGAAAUUAAUGUCUGGCAGGCGUGGGCAGAGGGAGUGUUCAGCCUAAACCCAGUUUGCUUAUAAAACUAAAACUUCCCGUACAGCUUGCGGGCAAAGUACUGAGCCGGUCUAACUGCUUCGGGCCGCCGCUGGGGGCGCUGCGCUGACACGUCAGAUCACCCCCUCAGAACUCCCUGACUUGUAAACACAGCACUUUGUGCAGGCAAAAUACAGGAAAUAGAAGCAGAAGAGUUCACAUUUCUGAGAAAGCGCAACACUGUCGCACUGUCCUGGGGUCCGACUGCCGGUUGCGUAAUGGAAUUUUGCUCAUGUAAAGCAAUACUGGAGGUUAACAAAAGCUGAUAGAGUUAUCUGUUGACUGGAUUCCCCCACUUGUCCAGCUAAGAUUGUUUACAGUUACAACCCAAUGGAACCGAAGUCCAAUUGCCCAAGUGUAAGAAUCCCCAGCUAUAAUGAGCAGCGCCAAAAUAGGAAGAGAUUUACAGUUUACAAGGUUAUAGUGUCAAUGGGGCGAAAUGAGUGGUUUGUUUUCCGACGAUAUGCAGAGUUUGAUAAACUUUAUAACACACUUAGAAAACAGUACCCACAUAUGAACUUGAAGAUUCCUGCAAAGAGGAUUUUCGGUGAUAAUUUUGAUCCAGACUUUAUCCAGCAAAGAAGAGCAGGAUUAAAUGAAUUUAUUCAGAAUUUACUUCGUCAUUCAGAAUUAUGCAGCCACUCUGAUGUCCAGUCCUUCCUUCAACUGGACUCUCCAAAGCAUCAAUCAGAUCCUUCAGAGGAUGAAGAUGAAAGAGUUGAUCAAAAGAAUGGUUCUGCUUCACGGGAUGUCAACCUGGGACCCUCUGGAAACCCUCAUGCCAAGCCUUCCGAUUUUGAAUACCUCAAACUGAUUGGAAAAGGAAGCUUUGGGAAGGUUGUACUUACUAGAGGGAAGCGUGAUGGACGUUAUUAUGCAGUCAAAGUGUUACAGAAGAAUGUUAUUCUUAACAAGAAAGAGCAAAGACACAUCAUGGCUGAACGAAACGUGCUUUUGAAAAAUGUGAAACAUCCAUUUUUAGUGACGCUACACUAUUCCUUUCAGACAUCUGACAAGUUGUUUUUUGUCCUGGAUUUUAUAAAUGGAGGAGAGCUUUUUUUCCACUUACAAAGAGAGCGAUAUUUUGCAGAGCCCAGAGCUCUGUUCUACGCUGCAGAGAUCGGCAGUGCUUUGGGCUAUUUGCAUUCCAUCGAUAUCAUAUACAGGGACUUAAAACCUGAAAAUAUUCUUCUGGAUUCUCAGGGUCACAUUGUAUUAACUGAUUUUGGUCUAUGCAAGGAAGGAAUUUCCAAUUCUGACACAACGCUCACCUUUUGUGGGACACCGGAGUAUCUAGCACCUGAGGUUAUAGUGAAACAACCAUAUGACAACACAGUGGAUUGGUGGUGCCUUGGCUCUGUCCUGUAUGAAAUGCUGCAUGGACUACCACCUUUUUAUAACCGUGACACAGCUACAAUGUAUGAGAAUAUUCUUCACAAGCCCCUGACUACAAGGCCUGACAUAAGUUUGCCUGCAAUAUCAAUCUUGGAAGAACUGCUUGAGAAGGACCCCAAGCUGAGACUGGGCGUUAAUAACGAUUUUCAAGACAUUAAGAAUCAUGCAUUUUUUGCCUCUAUAAACUGGGCUGAUCUAGUUGAAAAGAAGAUGACGCCACCUUAUGAUCCCCACGUGAAUGGCCCUGACGAUAUAUCAAAUUUUGAUAAAGAAUUCACAGAAGAAAUGGUGCCAUAUUCAGUCUGUGUGUCUUCCGACUAUUCAAUCGUGAAUGCCAGCGUGGAAGAGGCAGAUGACGCAUUUGUGGGAUUUUCUUAUGCACCUCCCUCCGAUGACUUUUUCUAUUAGAGACUACUACAUAUAUAUAAUCAAGGGACCAACUGGAUUUUGAUUUAUGACCAAGCCAUAAUUCAAUUGCCUUUAAUUUAAUCUGAGCUGCAGCAAGCAGCCUUACUAUAAAACAGUGGAUCCAGCCAAUGCUUAUUGCAUUUCUCCAUCUUUACUAAACAUAUUCAGCAACAUGAUUUAAUAAUCCUUUUGUCUUUUUGGAGCAAUGCAAUGCAGCCAAGUUUCUUUUUCCUAUGGUCUAAUAGUACUGGUACAGACCAAUUUAGGUGCUGCUCAAGUAUUGUGCUUUUUCACACACACCUUUUUUUUGCUUUUUUUCAUGAAAAGAAUUGAUUAAAACCAAUUUAAAAAGCGAUCAGCUGCUUCUGGGAGAUGAUUGUUUUAAACGUUAUUCCAUUUCAGAUAUUAGCAUCUCCAAUGUUGGCUAAAAUAUAUACUUCAUCUUUACAUGUUUUCAAUAAACUGGAUCUGCAGCAUCAUUAAAAUGACAUUUGAGACCCAUCUAUUUAAUCAGACCUCUACAACAUACUGGUUUUGAGGAAAAAAUAUUGUAUGAGAAAAGCUGGAGCAACCAUCAUAAAUGUACCUAUUGAGGCAGGGAUGAGGAGUCUGUUCAGAUGAGUGAGGAUCAGAAAUUAAACAGAGGACCAGAAUGGGUACAUGCCAUAUUCUCACAUUGUUUUCUUUUUUUUGUCAUUUACUCAUUCUAUCCUUGCCAUCAGCUGUUGUCAUGUUUGGGCAAAUGUAUCAUUUUUCUAGGUACAUGUCUGGCUCCCAUUGUGGGGUUUGACCUUUCAUAACUGUAAAGAUAAUAUGUCUCUGUGGCACAUAAAGUUAUUCACAGUGAAUACUCCUAUUGCUUCAAAUGGGUUGUUCAUCUUUAAGUUAACUUUUAGUAUGACGUAGAGAUAAUAUUCGGAGACUAUUGUUCUUCAUUUCUUUACUAUUUGUAGUUUUUUCAUUGUUCCAAUUUUUGUUCAGCAGCUCUUCAGUUUGGAAUUUCAGCAGCUAUCUGGUUGCUAGGUGCCAAAUUACGUUAGCAACCAGGGAUUGAUUUGAACAAGAAUCUGGUAUAUGAAUAGGAGAGGAGAAAAUAAAAAGUAACAAUAAAACUGUAGCCUGUUUUAUUGUUGGUGGUGGGAAGCUGUCUCACCAUUCUUGAUAGCUGACUGUACCAGCACUGGUGAUAACUAAGCUGGGUAGCAUGACGUGCAUUAUGGCAGUCCAAAUCUACAGUAUAAUUUUUUAACUUAAAAUCAGUGUGUUGUAGAACAAUUUGAGCUUAUUAAAGCCAUUUUUAGGUGUUAUAGAGAUGAUUAGUGGCAAUACCACUUCCCAUCAGGCAACAAAUAUUCCUUAUUUGAAAAGUUCCAGAUUCCGAUAUGCACAGCAGGAAUUUUCAGAUUUGGAAAGGAAACUUUAUUGGAGGGAUUUCCUAGAAAUGACAAAUCCUAAGAACUCUCCAAAUAUUUUAUAUUCCCUUCUAAUAAUGCACCUUGGCCUUUGGGGCACACGCAGGGUUUAGCCUCACAGUCAAGCUUUCAGAAGUGGGGAAUGUUGUGUUUUUGUUUUGGUGAUGAUCUCAUGAAAAAGUACCGCAAAAUGUGUGUUAAACGAUAUGCAGCCCUUUGUAUAACAUGGUCAGCAUUUCUGUUUAGUUUAGUGAUACUAGAAUUCUUACUGCUUAGCUAUAUUCAUCUCUUUGGCAUUAAAAUGUUGCUAAAGGGGAGUUAUUUCAGUUUUGAGGUUGUGUUUGCCAUAACAGUGAGGUUAUACUGUAGCACACAUCCUUUCUGUCCUAUAAUGACAGUUCUAAACAUGAGAACACAGCAGUUGCACACAUGUAUAAGCUAUGCCAUUGAUUAUUGUUCAUUUCUGGGCCUACUUUCCAUUGGAGAAACCCAGUUUACCUCAUCCCUGUCUGCUGAGAAUGAAAGCUACAACCGUCAGCUGCUUGAUUUCUGCAGAACCCUGUGUGCUUCAGCGCUAACCUGUGCCGUUUCUAGUGUGGAACUAAAAGUUUAUACAGAACUUUAUAACAUUUUCUAUAUGAAACAUAUUUUUGUAAUGAAAUGCAACUAGUAAACAACACGGAAUAAAAACUACUGAAAACUA